CCGGGGGUUGAGGCGGAGCCGGUACUCACGGCUGCCCGUUCGGUGGCCUCUUGGGGGAGACUUCGGUGAGGAGCCAGGGCGGCUGAUCCCGGACGGGUCGCCAGUGCUGGGAUGUGCUCGGCCCGGGGGCUCCUUGAAGGCGGGGGCGGUAGCGACAGCAGCAGCGGCGACGUUGGGGCACGCCACGAGGACGGGGACACGCUGGCGGAGCAGGCGGCGGCGGGGACUGAGUGGGAGCCCGGGGCGAGCCCGCGGCAGUUCGGACGGCGGGCACCAGAGAAGGUAGAGGAGGAUUGCGAAGAAUCACAGAACCACGCUGGCGAUCCCAUUGGAGACGACUACAAAAAGAUGGGAACACUUUUUGGUGAACUGAACAAAAGCCUCAUCAACAUGGGCUUUACUAGGAUGUAUUUUGGAGAGCGAAUUGUGGAACCAGUGGUGGUCAUCUUCUUUUGGGUUAUGCUGUGGUUCCUUGGCCUACAAGCCCUCGGACUAGUUGCUGUUCUUUGCCUUGUCAUUAUUUAUGUACAACAUUAAAAUAUGGCUGAGGGAGCUGUUGAUCAACAUUUGGUAGCCAUACACAUAAUUAGUAAAGUUAUAUAUUUUACUACAUGAAAGCCAAAAAGUUUGCCUUGUUUCAAAUAGUGUGCUGUUUUGUAAUAUAAUUAUAAGUGGAUGUUGUUUAAAAUAAAAUUCAACUCCUGAUUAUAACAGGGUUCAAUAUCCAUCUUGUAGCUUAUUUAAAACUCGUUUUAAUAUAAUCUGUGCCCACUUUUAAAUAACACUAUUCCAAUGCCAAAUCUUAAAUAACACCACCAAGUGAGCAGGGACAGUAACAGGAUAUGGUGUUCAAACUGAGCAAGAUAGGUCUUAUAGAGUAAGAUAUUUUAAAAGAAACACAAUGAACCAAUGAGCUAAAAAUGUUUUGCUUGGGGAAUUUCUCCCCACCCACCACCACCAAAUAAUCCCAUAUUAUUUGGGAAAAGAUUUGGAUUUCUAUUGUCCCUGCUCAGCCCAAACCAAUGUGAAUGAUAAUUAUUAUACACUACCUUAUAUUUUGAUGAAAAUCAGUAAAACUAACACAUCUUCUAAAGAUUGAAAAUAAUACAUUUAUUAUUGCUUGGGAAACUUCCCAAGUUAAAUAUAACUCUUUUAUAAUGAAACACUUGGGCCUGGAAUCACUUCAGUAUAUCAUUUGAAGUUUUAUAUAAUUUUGGUGCUAAUUACUUUUUGUGAAUUUUUAAAGUCUCAUAAGCCAGAUUCAUAGUUGUUUGUACCCCAGGAUAAUGCUGUAUUUUCUUGUAUCUAACAAGUUGCAUAUUUUUUUCCUAGAGAGACAUUUUCCAUGUAUUUUUUUUCAAAAAUUUAUAUUUUAUAGUUCUUUUAUAGCAGUUAUUUUAAGACUUUAAAAGUUGAUUUAUCUUGGAAUGGAUUUAUCUUUUUUCCCCAGAAAAUCGAUUUGUAUUAUGGCUGAAACACUUAACUAUUCUUUUGAGGGAAAAACAUCAGCUCAUUUUCUUUGAUGUCUGUAUUAGAAAUUAAAGUAUUAUAGAAUAAAAACCAAAUGCUUGAACUUGGAUUUAGCCAACUGUAAUAAUAUUUUUCUGAGGCCAAAAUGAAGUUACUAAUGUGUUUUAAUUUGGUGCUUUGGGGGUUUAUAUUGAAAUAAACAUUUCUUUAAAUACACUUUGAAAACGGAAAAUGGCUUAGUGAUACUUUAGAUUUUGUUAGAGAACCUAAAAUUUUUACACUUUUGUCUCAAAGAGUUUCUAUAUAUGCAAAGGAGAGGUAGUAGUUAAGAUAAUUAUCUAAAAAUUUAUGUUAAAUAAGACAAAAAUGGGACAUUUGGGGCAUUUUUAUCUUUGGCAGGGCAAUAACUAAAGUAUGUAAAAUGUUUACUAUUCCACUUUGUGAAGUUUUUACCCAAUCCUGUUUUAAAAAUUUAUUCUUCAAGUUCUCAAUGUCUUCCAUUCUGAAGCAGAAAAUUAAUGGAAAAUGUUCAAGUUAGAUUUCUAAAAUUAGAUAAUCCUGAUCAAAAAUACCAGUCAUAGGGCACUAAAAUGCAUUGUGCAUUUGUAUAAAUACAGACUUUUUAAAGUCUGACUUUCAAGAAAGGAUUUUGUACUUUGUCGUUGUGUUCUCAGUGAGCUUGCAGUGUUUUUAUGGUCACUUUUACAAACUCAGCAUAUGUGGAAGUUAUUUGAAAAUGAUGUCCUCACUUGCGCACAGUAGAAUUUUGAAGUUUUUAAUAGAAGCCAUGAGAUAUUUAUAUCUGCAUUAAAUAUUAAAAAGUGCAUUCAUUUCUGUGCUAUCAGGAAUUUUAAUUUCCCUUUGGAAUGUGAAAAAGAUGUAGUAUGCACAAAAGCAACUCUCGUUCUACCCAUGCCUGAUGUUUUAAUAGUAAUUAUUUAGUACUAACAAUACUGUGUAUCUGCAUAUUAUAUUAAUAGUGUAUAUAUUAAAUUAUAUAAAGAAAUGAGA